AUGUGGGGAGACAUCUACCCCGUGUGGCACGGGAAGCACGAAUGGAGCUGGGGCAUCGCGCCGAUCCUCAACCAUGCCUCCUUUUUCUGGAACACAACCGACUUCUGGGGCCACAACGACUGGGACAUGCUCGAGGUCGGCAACGGCGAGCUGACUCUUGCUGAGAGCCGCAGCCACUUUGCUCUGUGGGCAGCGCUCAAGAGCCCUCUGAUCAUCGGCACGCGUCUCGAGGGGAUCAAGCCCGAGAUCCUCGCGAUCCUAGCGAACAAGGAGCUCGUCGACUUUAACCAGGACCCCAUUGUGGGUGCCUCUGCCAAGCCGUACGACUGGGGCCUUGGCCGCGAGUUUGGGUCAUGGAACCAGACGAACCCGGCAGAGUACUGGGCUGGCGAGUCGUCAAAGGGAACGCACGUCUUCAUCCUCAACACGCUGGAUGUGGAAGAUGAGAAGGUUGUUGUUUUCGCCGACGUCCCGGGCCUCGAGGCUGGCAAGCGGUACGUUGUCCACAACAUGUGGACCGGAAGUGACCUCGGGGCCUUUGAGGACUCGUUCAAGAUCGACCUCGAUGCCCAUGAUACGGCCGCUCUCAGGAUCAACGAGAUUGUGUGUCCCAAGAAGAGGGCCCUGACUGAUCAGGAGACCGACUAA